AUGGUCAAGAUCGAGCCGUUCCAGGUGGAACAAUGGAUGGACGCCUACGAGACGACGGCCGGUGUGCUCAACAUAGCCGAGACCUGUGCGUCCUCUCUGUCGAUUGCUGACUUGGCCGGCCUGGCCGUGCCCACGGGCGUGGACGGCACAACGAGCGUUUCGGCCGCGGAUCCGUUGUCAGCGCUGGCCACAACACGGCUGACCUACGGCGCCAUCCAGGGGUCCUCGACGCUGCGGAAGCACGUAGCAGAGCUGUUCGACGAGGGCAAGGACGCCAACGUACCGCCGCUGCCGGCCGACAGCGUUGUCGUCACGCAGGGUGCCAUUGCCGCCAACCACCUCGCAUUCUACACGCUGCUCGGCCCCGGCGACCAUGCCAUUUGUGUAUACCCGACCUACCAGCAGCUAUACGGCGUUCCGCAGAGCCUGGGUGCCGAGGUGUCGCUCUGGAAGCUGAAGCUGGAGAAGGGCUAUGUGCCGGACACGGCCGAGCUGGAGAAUUUGGUCCGGCCAAAUACAAAGGUGGGGGCAUAUGCGUUUUGA